AUGGCCGAUUCCCUUGGAACCCUUCCGCUGACACCGAUGUAUCUCUCACAGCAACCAUUUCUGAAGCCAGAAGAGCUCCACCCGACCCAUCCUGACGUGAUUUCCCGUCAAGCAACGAUUAACAUAGGGACUAUUGGCCACGUUGCUCACGGCAAGUCAACCCUCGUCAAGGCCAUCACGGGGAUCACCACCGGGCGCUUCCACUCAGAAAUGGAAAGGAACAUCACAAUAAAGCUAGGAUACGCAAACGCCAAGAUAUUCAAGUGUCCGAAGUGUCCGGAGCCCCACAACUACUUCCCCACAAGCUCUAGCAUGCCAGACAACAGUAAGUGCAAGAUGUGCGGCUCUGUCGGAACGCUUGUUAGACACAUUUCUUUCGUAGAUUGCCCAGGACACGACUUUUACAUGGCAACGAUGCUUACUGGCGCCUGUGUCAUGGAUGCUGCUCUGCUGCUCAUUGCAGCCGAUCAGCCCUGCCCACAGAGCCAGACCAAAGAGCACCUGGCGGCCAUAGACAUUGCAGGAAUAACUAAGGCCGAUAGAGUCAUCAUAGUACAGAAUAAGAUUGACCUCAUUAAGGAGCAGGAGGCAAAGAGCCACCAUCAGCAGAUAGUCAACUACCUGAACAUAUCGUUAAAAACCAAGAAUCCCCACAUCAUCCCUACGUCCGCAGUGAGUGGAUAUAAUGUUGACCUAGUGCUCCACCACAUUGUGAACAAGCUCCCAAUACCGAAGCGGGACCUUACGCUGCCGCCACUCUUCAUGGUGAUACGCUCCUUCGACGUCAACAAGCCGGGGUAUGACAUCGAUAACAUUCGCGGCGGUGUUGCUGGUGGAACGCUUCUUCAAGGCAUGUUUAAGCUGGGAGACACCGUGGAAAUUCGCCCCGGAUACACCAUCAUGAAUGAGAAGACUGGCAAGUGCUCGUGCUAUCCCCUCAUAACAAAGAUUAUCUCCAUCAAGGCAGAUGAGAACGAGCUGCGCUAUGCCAUCCCUGGUGGGCUCAUCGCCAUCGGCACCUUCAUAGACCCCUCAUACACGCGCCAGGACAGGCUGGUCGGGUCUGUAAUAGGAUAUCCAGGACACAUGCCCCCAAUAAGGCUCAACAUAACUAUUUAUUAUGAACUGAUGCACCAGCUAAUCUCUGCCGUCAACACAAAUAACACUAAGAUAGCAGUAUUAGCGGUGAACGAGGUUAUUCUUUUCACAAUAGGGAGCAACUCUGUUAGCGGAACUAUUAAGGCCGUCAGGACUGUCAAUGGUGUGGAGAAGAUCGCGGAUGUCGUAAUGAAUAAGCCCAUAUGCGCCAAGACUGGCGAGCAGAUAGCAAUUAGCAGAAAGAUAGCAACCGGGGCCUCCAGAAGCUGGCGUCUGAUAGGCUGGGGGAAGAUUCAGGAUAAUCCGGAUUGGGAAAAUCUCAAUUCUACAGAAGCGUAG